ACAGAGCUGUAGACACGACGACGUUAUUGUCUCGAGUACGGGGGAGGUCACUCCCAAUCAACAGUUGUGCGCGACAACAGUCAGCAGGUGUCAGAGCGGCGCGCACAAGUUCCGGUAGAGAGCAGUGCUGUAGUCACGACAUUACGACCUCGAGUACGGGAGAAGUCACUUCCAAGUCAGUGGCAGUCAGUCCGUCAUGGCGCUCGCGUACGUGUGUUUGUGCGUCAUCCUCGCUGUCACCGCAACCACCGGAGACCUCAACACCAAGAAGGAAAACACGUGUGAAGACUGUGACACUGAGAUCCCUUUGGAAUUGGCUCUAAGACUCAAUACUAUCACGGAUGAAAAUCAGCUAUUCCGUGAGUUCGUCAAGCCACCGGCCGAUGUGGAAGUUCCCAUCAUCAAGGUAGCCCAGACGUUGCUUGGCUUCGGACCUGACUCAGUGACGCUUCAUGAUGAGGUUGAUGCGCCGCUUGAACGCAAAGCAGUGAGCAAGCCGCAGCCAGCAGGCUGUAAGCCAGAGAACCGGUCCGUGAGUCUGCGGCUGUCUGAUAAUCCAUGGAUCUACUACUGGCCUCCCUGUACACGAGUAGAGCAAUGUGGAGGAUGUUGUAAUCAUCACCUCCUGUCAUGUCAGCCUGUGGAGGUUGAGACUUUAAAUUUCCAGGUGAUCGUGACGGAGACAGUGAACAACCAGCUCAAGUACAAGGGCAAGGAGAUCGUGACUGUGGACAGGCAUACAAAGUGCAAGUGUGACUGCAAGGUCAAGAAGGAGGACUGCAGCCCUCUGCAAGAAUACCGCAAGGGGGAAUGCCGGUGUGUCUGCACAAACAAAGAUGCAGAAGCAAAGUGUAAUGCAGAGAGCCUCAGACAUUGGAAUGCCUCAAGUUGCACCUGCGAAUGUCUUGAUGCGGUUGAAUGUUCGGAUGGAACUUACCUCGACCAAUCCUCCUGCAGCUGUGAGCCCCUACCUGACGAGAUUGUGCUAAAACGGCUCGGCUACAACAAUCCUGAGAACUUCACGAAAGAUUUCUCUCCUCGUUUGAGAGGGCCAUUAUAUACAAUCGGUUAAGUUUAGUUUAGUUUUAAUCCGUAAUUUUAAAAAAGUUUCACCAAAUCCCAAAAGACUUACCAUUUUUAUAAAUAUUUAAAAAGAAAUUAAACUUUAUCAUGAUGAACGUCUCGAAUUGUAUUUGUGAAAAAUACAAACAUAUUUAUCGUGCCACCAAUUUUAAUAUUUAACUUAGUUACGUAUUUUGAGGUUAAGAACAAUAGAAUUAUUGCACUUUAUUUAUUCAUGUUUAUAUUUUAAUGUACAUAGUCUAAGAUUGAGUUAAACAUCCCAUUAUUAUUACAAGCAUAUAAAGUAUUCUAAUGACCGUUUAAUUAUGAAAUGCAUAAAAAUCCUUUUAUAGAUCAAUUAGAACAGAAAGAUUCUGCUUCAUUGCACAUUUACUGUUAUUACUUUAGAAACUUCACUAUCAUUCCAUUUAUAUUAAUAUUAUUAUUCUUCCAGCCUAAGAUAAAUUAGUGCAUUCCAUUGCCAUAUGUUAUAGUUAACUCUCAUUUUUAUUUUGUGUUGAACCUGUACUCUAUAAUAGGUAGUUUCCCAUUGCAUAUUCUAUUUUUGUUUGUAUAUUUUUUGUAGAAAUUCACUUUAUUUUUCUGAUGGCCAUCUUGAUUUUUGUCCUCUAACAAUUAACCAGUUGUUUAGAAAAUUAACAUUUUCUGAGGUAUUGUUAUUUCAUAUCCCAAAGAAUAGUUGAAAAGUCUCAACCAUUGAAGUUUAAAGACAACUGGGACACCUAGUAUAAAGAAAAAGGAAUAACAUUUUUAUUGUUAGAAGGCUUUAAUUUAGUUUUUAUUCAGAUAAAGAAGAUUACGUAUAUUUUUAUACACUCCUUUACUACAAACUAUAUCUAAUCAGGUUUUUGAAAUUAAACUAUACUACUGUAAUGUGGUACAAAUUUCAAAAUUUGAGGACGUUUACCACCAAUAUUGAUACAAGGUUUUAAUAAUGUGUAUAAACCCUGCAAUAUUAACACAUAUUUUUUGACCUCAGCCUAUAAAAAGUUCGAGAGUAAAAUAUUUGUGCAGACACAUUUUUAGAACUAGUGGGGUUAAAAACGAGAAUAUAUUUUUCUCUCUCGAGCUCUUUAACAUCUCGAUCUUUUCCAAAAGUGUUAAAUACAAUUUUUACAUUCCAAUGAGCCUAUGUAUCGUAGUCUAUAAAUAUUAAUAUAUUUAUUUUUAAUAUAGUUACUGUGAUAUUCAGUGUAGAAAAUUCACAGGCGUUGUAAAUAAGCUACAGAUAUUAUAUAUGUGUAUUAUAUAUUUUUUCUGUAAAAUUUCUUUGAAGAACUAUACAAUAUUACAUCACGUAAUUUAGUAGCUGUGUAUAUAAUUUGGGAAGUAGUAAUGAAUCUUGUGUAUUAGCUUUGAACUGAACAUAGUUAUAAUUUCAAAUGUAUACAAGACUUCAUACAUGUAUUAUUGUUGUAUUUUGCAAUAUUAUUAUCAUAAUUUAAUAGCUAAGCUGUCUCUGGAUUAUGUAUUUGUAACUAUUCUUAACUGCAGUUUAAUGAAGACUAGAUUUUACAAAUUGAAAUAUUUGCCACAGAUUUGUGUGUUUUACAUAAUGUGCAAAAAUCAAAACUUACUUUUUGAUGUUCACAUUGUUAAAAAGUUAACAGAAACACAUAGUCAGAUACUAAGAAGUGACAACAAUUAGAAGAAGGUGGUUUGAAAAACAGAACAAAAACUAAAAGAUAUUGAAAUUUUGUGAAUACUUUAAGUAUAUAUUUCAAUUUGGUCUCUUUUUCAGGACUACACAAUUUGUUCAAAAUUGCUCCGAUUUUUUUAUCCUUUUCAAAUAAUAGCUGCAGUCAAACCCGAAUUAAAAGAUGUUUCAUUCUUAUUUGUUACAGCAGAAAUGGAUAGUAAGAUGAGAAUUUCAUUGGAAACCCCAUCUUCUUACAACACCACAGAAUUGAUCUAGUGUGUUUUAGUGACAGAGAAGGAUUUUACAGGCCUACUGUGGAUUUAUUUAUCUUUUCAAUCAAUCAGUAAAUCAAAAAGCAAUGCAUAGUUGUACUCUUUUCAAAUAGUCAAAGAAGGUUAUUUCUUGGAAGCUCCCAAAACCAUCUCUAUAACCAUCUUGGUUCAAAAGACAGUCAGAAUUUAUUGGUGUAUAUUUUUCUAUGGCAACUCAUUGAUUGGGUACUUUGUGGAUUAAGGCAUAAAAUCAAAGCUUCGAGGAAGUGGUUUAAAUGAAUCUAAAAGCAGUCCAUUAAAAUGAUAAAAGUUAUUUGGAUUCCAAUGCAAAUCAUACUUGACAAAUUAUUCCAAAAUUCUUAAAAUAAUUAUAAAAUUGUUUGAAUUUAAUUUAUUAUGAGUGCUAAAUGUAAAAAAAUAAUCCAAUAUGGCCGAAAAUUGCUAUCAGUUCCUCCAAGAGAUGUUAUGGAAUCAAAAUAACCUUGAUAAAAAAAACUUCUAGUACUCUCAUCGUAGUGUUACAAAACCCACUGUAAUAUGUAACACCUCGCUCUGAGCUCAAUGAGCACAUGUGCAAGCGUUUGCCACACUUAGGGCUUGCACAGGAGUUGGUAGCUCACUAUUUCUGGCAUACAUUUUUACAUGCACAUCUCCCACCGAAUGUAAUCUUUCAUUUUGGAAUAAGAUGAAAGAUCUCCAUAGAUGUGUUCACUUCUUGUACUUUCCAGUCGAACCUUCACAGUGUCACUUUUGGGCAACCCCAUGGAUUUCCAGGUGCGAUAGCACAUCACUAACCGCAAAUGUCCAGACAUUGUGGGAAAAAGUUGAUAGAUAGUUUACAGUGGAUUAUUGUUGUAAUGGAGUUACCUUAGUGUUCAAGAUUGUUCCAAGUCUAAACGUGCCUCCCCUUCUUACAUUUUGAUAUGACCGAGAUAUGGUCCCCACUAUCUCUCGUGGAUCUCAAUAGGAGGUGGCCCUAUUCCUGAUACUACCCAUCUUGAAUAUCCUUUUCAAACGCAAAGAUUCUUACAAGUGCAAUCAGAGGGUUUCUCUCUUCUUCCAGUUCUAAGUGAACAAAAAUCAAGAUGAUUUUUACAAAUGUUUAAGAACAAAGUAUACCAUUUUUGUUCCAAUGAUUAUAACUCUGUUCCUCUAUUAUAAACAGCUGGUGGACAACCUUAGACCAUUCAACUAAUAGUUAAACCCAUCACUGACAUCUGUGUAAAGUAUGUGCAAAUUUUGUUCUGUCUCCAUAUAAAAUCCAUAUCAAUUUUGUUUCAAUUUUUUAGUUUUAGGUAGACAUAAUAAAAAGGUUAAGUGACAUCUUUCCAUUGAUGGAUGUUUGGUAUUGAAAUAGAUUAAAAAAUCGUUUUGUCAAAAUCUCUAUUCUUCUAUCCGAAUACUCCAUAUUUACUUAAACGAUGUUCAACCUACUUACACAUGACGUGUUCGUCUUUGUAUACACAUUUAGGUGGCAACUGCUUUUUAGAUUAUUUAAGAGAUAUUUUCAGAAAAAUUUUACAUAAGCAAAAGAAAAGCAUGAGGUAUAAUUUAAAGAGCCUUACAACUUAGCCAAUGGCGUAGUGUAGCGGGUACGGCGGUUAUCGCAACGUCGAACAUGGCUGCUGCUUGUGGAUGGGUGACCACUAAUCGAUCCUGUCCUUGCAAGCAGCCCACCUACCCGGCCAUUGGAAGUGGUUUGCACAUUAGACGUUGGUCCCCAGUUUUAGUUUUAGAGAGGGCUUCUCGGCCUUAACAUCGCCUAUUGGAAUAAGACAUUCUUUACCAUUAUAUUUUUUCUAUAACUUUGGUAAACUUCCCUACUGCAUAUUAAAAAUAUUGUAGUAAACAUAAUCAUUAAUCUUUAAACUAAAUAUUUGUUUCGAUUUUGAGUAUUUGCAAACAAAAAUACUGAUAACUUGAACAUAUGAGCAGUGAAUAAUUCAUGUUGACAAUUAUUGUGAACCAAUGACAGACCUCGGGACAAGGUGUAAGUUGGUAGUGACACACGCAAACCACCGUUGACACCUCUCAAGUGUAAUGGUUUCCCUUUGUAUAUAAACCUUUUUUAGUAUCGUACUUAUAUUCUUACAAUGACAUGUAAAACAUGCAUUUGGUAAUUAUCUUACCAAUGAGAGUAUGUUAUGUUCAAAGUUUUAAAUCCACAUUUUGACCAUUGUUAAACGAUGUGAUAUUACUGUAAAUAUUAUUUAUUGUUACUAAAACUUUAAUGUGAUUUAUUGUAAAAAUACAAAUUCUUUAUUUUAAAAUAAAAACAAUCCAGAUU